AUGGCCACAAGCUCUGCAACUCGUCUCCUUCUAUUUUGCUUAAUCUCCAUCUCAAUAGCCAGAACCUGUUAUUCAUUUUCUAAUGAAGAAUUCCUCCAAUGCCUUAAUCUCCACACCAAAACCUCCACAGGCAACCUCUCAAAACUCCUCUACUACCCCAACACCACCUCUUACUCCAACCUUCUCCUCUCCUCCAUUUCAAACACCAGAUUCACCACCCCACAAACACCAAAACCCCUACUCAUCUUCACACCAUCUCAUGAAUCUCAUGUCCAAGCAUCUGUCCUCUGUUGUAAAUACUAUGCUCUUUCCCUUAGAGUUCGCAGUGGCGGCCAUGACUUUGAAGGCCUCUCUUUCCAUUCUCUAGAGAAACAACCUUUCAUCAUCCUAGACUUCAUCAAUUUCCAAUCUGUGAUCAUUGAUGUUAAACAUAGUACGGCAUUGGUCGAGGUCGGUGCCACUAUCGGCGAUGUAUACUAUCACAUUGCCAAACAAACCACAAUAUUUGGUUUCCCGGCCGGCACCUGCCCCACUGUUGGCGUCGGUGGGCACAUAAGCGGGGGUGGCAUUGGAACUCUUGUCAGGAAGUACGGCGUCGCUGCUGACAAUGUAUUGGACGUAAGACUUGUGGACUUGCAUGGCCGAAUCUUGGACAAAGGUUCCAUGGGAGAGGAUCUCUUCUGGGCUGUCAGAGGUGGUGGAGCUGCAAGCUUUGGUGUUGUUCUUUCAUGGAAAUUGAGGCUAGUCCCAGUCCCUCAAACUGUCACUGUAUUCAAUGUCAGCAAGUCAUUAGAGGAUGGUGCAAUAGAUAUCAUUGACAAAUGGCAGCACGUUGCUCACAAUCUCCCAGAGGACUUGUUCAUUGAGACUGUGAUACAAACUAUAUUGAAUGGUACGAAAGGAGUGGAAGUCAUUUUCAAUGGGUUGUAUUUAGGGAAGUCUUAUAAGGCUCUGGAGGUGAUGAACAAUAGCUUUCCUGAGAUGGGAGUGGGAGUGAAGGACUUGAAGGAGAUGAAUUGGAUUCAGUCAGUCAUGUCCUUUGGUUUUUAUCCUGUUGAUUCCCCUCUUGAAAUCCUUACAGACAGGAGCCUCCAACCAAAGGUUAAUUUCAAAGCAAAGUCUGACUACGUAGUGAAUCUUCUACCAAGAGCUGCAUUGAAGAUCUUGUGGGAUAGUUUACUGCAAGUUGAAGCAGCAUCCAUUUCUUUUGAACCAUAUGGUGGGAGGAUGGCUGAGAUUCCAGAGUCUCAAAUACCAUUUCCUCAUAGAAAAGGGACCCUAUUCAACAUCGUCUAUCUUGUGGGAUGGCAUAAUGACAGUGAAAAAAGCCUGAACUGGAUUACUAAGUUAUAUAAUCAAAUGACUCCUUACGUCUCAAAGAACCCCAGGUGUGCAUACUUAAACUAUAGAGAUAUAGAUUUAGGGAGGAAUGCAGGGAGAAACACAAGCUAUUCCAUGGCUGAGGUGUGGGGUCACAAAUACUACAAGAGUAACUUCAAAAGGUUGGCUAUGGUUAAGGGUGAAGUUGAUCCAGAGAAUUUCUUUUGGAAUGAACAGAGCAUUCCUGCUCUUGUGUUUUGAUUGGAAAA